UGGCGGCAGCAGCACCGAUAGUAGCGACAGCAGCGGCAGCGGCAGCGGCAGCGGCAGUACCAGCGGCGGAAGCGGCGGAAACGCUGACAGCGACAGCGGCGACUCGUCGCUGCGCGGGCUUGUGCUCACGCAGCAGGCGAAGACGCAGCUCGGAGUCGUGCUCGUGAGCUCGGCGCUCCUGCAGCUCGGCAUCGGCAUGAUCGUGCCCAUCCUGCCCGCCUACGCCUCCUCGGUGGGCCUGACCGAGGCCCACGUCGGCGUGCCAAUAGGCCAGCUGGCGGACGUGCUGGGGCGGAAGCCGCCGUGGGUAGGUGGCGCAAUCGUCGACGGCGUCGGCUGCAUCGCGACCGCGUGUGCCGGAGGGCUCGGGUCGAUGGUCUCCGCGCGGCUGCUGAUGGGCGCGGGCUCGGCGGUCGGCGGGAGCGCCGCCACCGCGUACGCGAUGGACGUGCUCUCCCUCUACCCGAAGCACAAGGGGAGGCUGCUCGGCGCGCUGAACGCCGCCGGAGCGCUCGCUUGGAUCCUCGGGCCGGCGCUGGGCGGCUUCCUCGCCGAGCGAGCGGGGAUCGGCUUGCCUUUCGUCCUUGUCGGAGGCAUCCUCCUCGCCACCGCCCCCGCCAUACACUGGCUGCUGCCGGAAACGCAGCCGCCCGCGCCGGGCACCUCGGUGGCGUCGCUGCGCUUUCGGGCGCUGCUCGACGGCACGCAGCGGAGCUUCGGCGCCCUAGCGCGCGACCGCAACCAGCAGGCGCUGAUGCUGAUGCAGUGCGCCCUCUUCACCGGCUGGUCUUGCAGCCUGACAGUGUUGCCGCUGUACGCCGCCGCCACCCACGGCGCCUCGCCCGCGGAGCUCGGGACGCUCUACUCGGUCUCGUCGGCCUUGGGGGUCCUCGGCGCUCCGCUCGGGGGCGCCGCCGCCGACGCGCUUGGCCGCGUCCCCGCCGUCUCGCUCGGCGGUGGGAUGCUCGUCGCGUCCUUCGCGUCGCUGGCCGCCGUCGACUCGCAGCUGCACCUCCUCGGCACCAUGGCGGCGCUAGGCUUCGGAGAGGCCUUCCUGAUGAGCUCAAUCGCCGCCCUCGCCAACGACGUCACGCCGCCGCACCUCCGCGGCGCGCAGUCGGCGCUGCUCGCGCAGGUGGGGGACGUCACAUUCGUGGCGAUGCCGAUCGCCCUCUCCCUCCUCGCCACGACCGCCUCGCACGAGUCCGCCUUCCUCGCCUCCGCGGGCCUCAUCGCGGGCGCCAGCGCGGGCUUCCGGACCCUCGCCCGCCCGUGCAAGCCGCGGCACGGGUAG